UCAGUUGAAAAGAAAACGACGUGAGAAACACUAGCUUUUAAAGGUAACCUAGCGAGGAGGAAAAAAACGUUUAAAUCACACAGAAAAGAAAUAAAAAUUUGCAAACUAACAAGCGAGUCGAAAAACUAAUAAACCAACGUGUAGCAAAGAACAGAUAAAGAACUACAGAUAAAAGUUAAACCAAACGCCACUCACUGUACCAUACCAUACCGUCUAAAGAGCAAAGAUUCUCCAAAGCGAAAAACGUAUAUAAAUUCUGGAAGUUUGUUUUGGUGGUCUGAAAUUACACAGAGCUGCCCAACAGUUUUUUAACUUUAUAGAAGAACAAAAACACACAGUAACAAAAAAGAAAAAUGUCUGUGAUUGGUAUUGAUUUUGGUAGCGAGUCGUGCUAUGUCGCCGCCGCCAAGGCUGGCGGUAUUGAGACUCUUGCCAAUGACUACAGCUUAAGAGCAACACCAUCAUGUGUGGCUUUCGAUGGCAAAAAACGUAUCAUUGGUGUUGCUGCCAAAAAUCAGCAAGUCACAAAUAUGAAAAACACAGUUAGUGGCUUCAAACAAUUGCUGGGUCGGAAAUUCAACGAUCCCCAUGUGCAACGUGAACUUAACAGCAUUCCAACAAAAGUUACCAGCUUGCCCGAUGGUAGCAUCGGUUAUCAUGUCAACUAUUUGGAUCAAGAGCAGACCUUUACUCCCGAACAGUUGACUGCCAUGUUAUUUACCAAAUUGAAGGAAACUUCCACCCAUGCUUUGGGAACACAGGUAAAUGACUGCGUUAUUACUUGCCCUGUGUACUUCACCAAUGCUGAGCGCAAGGCUUUACUCGAUGCUGCCCAAAUCACUGGCCUUAACGUUCUACGCCUAAUGAAUGAGACCACAGCAACAGCCUUGUCAUAUGGUUUCUACAAGCAGGACUUGCCCGAGGACAAACCUCGUAAUGUUAUCUUUGUGGACUGCGGCCAUGCCUCACUGCAGGUCAGUGCAUGUGCCUUUACCAAAGGCAAACUCAAGAUGCUGGCCAGCACCUGGGAUUAUAUUGGAGGCCGUGACUUUAACACCGUUUUGGCCGACCACUUUGCCAAGGAGUUCCAGGACCGCUACAAGAUAAAUGCCAAGACAAACGCUCGUUGUUGGCUGCGUCUGAUUACCGAGGUCGAGAAAUUGAAGAAACAAAUGUCGGCCAACAGCACCAAAUUGCCAUUGAACAUCGAAUGCUUCAUGGAGGACGUAGAUGUUUCGUCAAGCAUGCAGCGUUCGGAGAUGGAAGAAUUGUGUGCUCCAUUGUUCCAACGUGUGGAGAAAACUUUCAAAAAACUGUUGGCAGAUUCCAAGUUAACACUGGAGGACAUCCACUCAGUGGAAAUUGUUGGCGGUAGCUCACGUAUUCCCGCCAUUAAGCAGUUGAUUGAGAGUGUAUUUGGUAAAUCGGCCAGUACCACAUUGAAUCAGGACGAGUCGGUGUCCCGGGGUGCAGCCUUGCAAUGCGCCAUCAUGUCACCCGCUGUUCGUGUUCGUGAAUUCGGUGUUACCGACAUUCAGAAUUAUCCCGUUAUGGUUACUUGGGAAGGCGAUGGCUCAGUAUCUGGUGGUGGCAUUGAAGUGUUCCCUGUUUUCCAUGCAGCACCAUUCAGCCGUCUUUUGACCUUGAACCGCAAAGAACCCUUCACCAUGACAGUUCAGUAUUCACAAUCUAUUCCUUAUCCAGAUCCCGUUAUUGGCCGCUGGACCAUUAAAGAUGUCAAGCCCAAUGACAAGGGAGAAUAUGCCGAGGUUAAGGUCAAAGUAAGAAUCAACCAUCAUGGUAUUGUAUUGAUCUCCAGUGCUUCGUUGGUCGACAAGAAAGAAGCCGAAGAGCCACCAACUCCAGAGCCCGCAGCUAAUGCUGAGCAGCCAGCAGGAGGAGAACAACAGCAACAAAACAAUGGUGGUGAACCCAUGGAUGUGCAGACAGAGGCUUGUAAUGACAAUGAGGACGAUAGUACAAAUACUGCCUCAUCACCUGGAGGACAAGGGUGGGCUCAACGGGUCAAGGGCUGGUUUACUCCGGGUGCCGAUAAGAAGAAGAAAACCACCAAAUUGAUUGAGCUGCCCAUGGAUGUGCACACACACGGCUUUUUGCCCAACGAAUUGAGUAACUUGAUUCAACAAGAGGCUAAGAUGGUGUCCAAUGACGCCAAGGAAACCGAACGUAUUGACGCCAAAAACGCUUUGGAAGAGUUCGUUUACGAUAUGCGUAACAAGCUCCAGGGUGGUCCCUUGGAACGCUAUGUAGUCGAUGCUGAACGUGACGCUAUCUGUGCUCAAUUGAAUGAACUGGAAAAUUGGUUGUACGAAGACGGUGAAGAUUGUGACCGUGACACCUACGUUAACAAGCUCAAGGCCUUACACAACCAAACAAACCCGAUCAAGGAUCGUGCCAGUGACUACGAACUCUGCCCCGGUGUAUUUUCGGAAUUGAAGAAUGCCAUCAACCAUGCUCAUGCUGCUGUAAACGAAUUUAAGAAGGGUUCACCCAAAUACGACCAUUUGACUGAGACCGAAUUCAUCAACAUCGCCGAACAUGCUGAAAAGGCCCAGAAGUGGUUGGACAGUAACAUGGCCAAAUUUGCUGAAUCGCCCAGAACAGCCAACAGUCCCGUCAAGGUGGCCGACAUUCGUCACGAAGUACAGACCCUCAACACCUGCGUAAAUUCAGUAAUUAAUCGUCCCAAGCCCAAGCCAGCUGCCAAACCUGCACCACCCAAAGACAAUGCAGGCGAACAGCAACACAACGGCGAGAAUGCGGACAACAAGGCCGAGGGUGAUAAGACAGCGCACACCAACAGCGUGCCAGAAGAUUCAACGAUGGAUGUGGAAUAGGGUCGUCGGCAGCGUAGCAGCAGGAACGCCGUUUAGAUGUAGAGAAUUUAUAAGACAAGAAGCAGCACACAGACGUUUGUUUUUAGAGCAAAAUAUAAAACAAAUUAUUGAAUUGCUUUUUAAUAAAAAGCAGACCGAUCACACACUUUACUCUCCUCCUAUAUUCCUCUAAAUCAAAUAAAUCUACACAUGCCCUCGCGCCUCCUCCUCCCCCUCCCUUUCAUUCAUAUCCCCGCCCUCUUAGUCUCUUCACUAUCUAUCGUAAUGUCCUUCUUCAUACUUUUUCCAAUGUCAUACAUAAUUAAAUAAAACGUAAAUAAACAACAAUUUCUUAGCUAUACAAGAAAAACAAAAAACAAACAAACAA